AUUCCCCCAUUUUUUCUUUCCUCCUAAAACAAAUAAACAUGGGUUUCCCAGUUGGUUACACAGAAGUCUUCAUACCAACUCUCUUCAUUCACACUCUCACCUUCUUCACCAUCCUCCGCAAAAUCAUCUUCACUUUCUUCCACUACUUCGGCAUGUCAGAAUUCCUCGAACCAGGUCCCACAACCCUCGACCCAAACCCGACCCGAAUACCCAUCAACCCAACCUCACCACCACUAUCCGCAAUCGUGACCCGAGAACUCCUCCCUAUUGUUCGGGUCUCCAAAGAACAAGAGGAGAGAGAAAAUUGCGCAGUUUGUUUGUAUGAAUUUUGUAGUGGUGAAGAAAUAAGAUGGUUAGGUAAUUGUAAACACAUUUUUCAUAAAGAUUGUUUGGACCGUUGGAUGGACCUUGAUCAUCGUACUUGUCCUCUUUGUCGUACACCGUUCCUUCUUCAUGAUUUGCUUGAUGAAUUUAAUCAACGGUUGUUAGCUGCUGAUUCUUGCGAUCUUCUUCAGUAUGUUGAUCAUUUUAACUACACUGGAUUUUCUUCUAUCUAAUAUUUUUGUUUUUUUAAUUAGGAAAGAUUAUUUUUUUUUUUUUUUUACUAUUUAUAGUUUUAUUAGAUUUUUCUGGGUGUAUAUGAUUAUGAGCGAGGUUUGUACAUCACUAAUGAUAAUUUAGGAGGUUUUGAGAUUAAUAAAAUUGAACAAAUAUAGUUACUAUAUAUAUAUAUACUUUUUUAUAUGAUAA